GUUGGAGUACAUAGAAGGGAAACAAGUGAGUGGUCUAACUGAUGCUUCUAGGGCUUCAGUAUUUCAGAGGAGGCUUCAGAGAAGAGAGAUGCCCAGUGUACACUAAGAAACUGAUAUUUUCUGUUGGGAUAAAGCCAGGAAAGAAGUGAAGAAAAACAUUGUUUUCUACACAGGAGCCAACUAAGAGAUCUCUGGGGUUCCAUUUUUCACAUCUUAUAUUAUGAUUAAAUCAUUCCAUAUCAUUUCAGCUGCUCUUAUAAUCGGCACGCUAACUAUGUUUUAUCAAGGCAUCUCUCAGAAGCCUGGAGGAAAUGAAAAACUUUCACAGAAAGAUAUAAUUUUAAUUGUGCUUGUAAUCAUACUAAUUGUCACAAUAAUUGUAUUUUUCUGUUGUUGCAUAAGAAGAUACAGAGAGCGGGGUUCUCACCAAAGACAAAUAGAAGUACUUUGGAAUAGACUAGGGGAACUAGAGAAUGAAAAUGAAGUACUUCGGAAUAGACUAGGGGAACUUCAGAAUGAACUUGAUAAGAGGAAGGCUCGAUUCAAACAAGUCUGGAGGAAUGCACCAUUAUAUCCUGAUUGGAGGAAAGAAGAAUUCAAAACUGCACAUGUGACCCUGGAUGCAGCCACUGCUCAUCCUACCCUCCUCCUGUCUGAAGAAGGGAGACGAGUUUCCUGUCAAGAAAGGCAUCAAAAUCUUCCCAGCUCCCCACAGAGAUUCGACUCCAUUCCUUGUGUGCUGGGUGACCAGAGAUUCAGCUCAGGGAGAUAUUUCUGGAAAGUAGAGGUUGGGAAUGCCCGUUCCUGGGACCUGGGAGUUUGUAGGGAUAAUGUAACAAGGAAGGGGAGGGUCACAAUGUCCCCACAGAAUGGUUUCUGGGCCAUUAGGUUCUAUGAGGGAGAGCAUUGGGCCCUCACCUCCCCAGAAACCCAUCUUACUCUCAGAGAAAAACCCUUUAUUGUGGGGGUAUUUCUGGAUUAUGAGGCUGGAGAUGUAUCUUUCUAUAAUAUGACAGAUGGAUCCCACAUAUUCACCUUUCCCCAGAACACAUUCUAUGGUGCCCUAAGGCCACUUUUCAGACUUUGGUCCUCUGAGUCAGGCUCCCUAACCAUCUGUCCAAGUGAAUGAGAAUGUGCUGAUGGUGUAAUGUGCUGAUGCCUACCCCUCCGGGAGAAAUGAUUACUUUGAUCCCCAGCGAAAAAUCACAAUUCUCCCUCAAUGAGAUACAAAUAGAUAUUUUUCCUAUUCCUUACUGGUUCAUUCUCAAGUUGAAGCUCUGGACACAGACUGAUGAUUCAGUCAGUCAGUUCAGUCGCUCAGCUGUGUCCGACUCUUUGGGACCCCAUGAAUCGCAGCACGCCAGGCCUCCCUGUCCAUCACCAACUCCCGGAGUUUACUCAAACUCAUGUCCAUUGAGUCGGUGAUGCCAUCCAGCCAUCUCAUCCUCUGUCGUCCCCUUCUCCUCCUGCCCCCAAUCCCUUUUCC